AUGCUCGCCGCAUCGAGCGUGCAGCGCGGCGCGCCCGAGGCGGUGCAGCGGCGGUGGCACUUGGGCGUGCAGAGCUCGAUGUCGCCGGCCGACAUGAUGCUCGAGAUCUUCCGCGCGCUGCGCGUGCUGCAGUUCGAGUGGAAGAUCGUGGCGCAGUACUCGCUCAAGUGCCGCCCGUGCACCGCGCGCACCGCGAGCGAGGGGAUGGGGCAGGAGCCGAUGACGCGCUUCAAGGUCAAGGUCGGCCUGCAGCUGUACAAGAUCCAGGAGGACUCGUACCUAUUGGACAUCCGGAAGGCAGACGCAGCCGAGGCGGCGAAGAAGGCCGAGGAGGCGAGGCUUCUCCAGCUUCUCGAGACGCUCACCGAGGAGAGGAUCCGGUUCGGCAUCACGGCGGAGAGCCAGGCGGCGGCGUCGGCCGAGGAUGGCAGCGGAGGCGGCCCAGCGCUCAUAGCGCGAGCUGCUCAGAAGAAGCGCGUGGCCACCACCCUGGGGACUCUCUGGGUGGAGCUUGGGAGCUUCCGUCGAGGACACGCUUCCCGCAGGGUCAUCAUGCACCGCUGA